UGCUGAAGAGUGAGAUAUGGUGGCGGGUGUCAUGGGACUUGAUGACUGGCAUCAUCAGUGUUGUGGUAACCAGCCUAUUUACUGAGUCUAGCUACUGUGUUUGCCUAUGAGAAUACACUGAGCACUCAACAGCAGACCCAUCUGUAGGCUGCAUAGAAAGGGCAGCGUGGAGAGGUGAGGAGUUGGAGUAAGGAAACCAAGACUUCUCUCUUGUACUUUUGUCUUACUCCCACUUGUGUCCUCUGUCUCUCUCUCUCUCUUUCUUUCUUUCUUUAUCUCUAUCUCUUCCUCCUACACUAGCUCUCACUGCUGCUCAAUGCAUCUUUUGAUUGACUUACUUUUGUUUUCGUACCUUUUUUUCUUUCUCACAGCCAUAUUUCAUACCCUUCUGCUCCAGCACCAAACCCCAUUUUCUUUUCAAAAGUUACCUCUUUUACUCACUCACUUUUAUAAUAACCUUACUAAUGAAUUACUCUGUAUUUCCUAACUCUUUCUUUCCUGUUGAUAAUGAGGGGGAGUGGUAUGCCCGGCGCGGGGUAAACAGAGGGGCAUGUGUUAGAGCUGCCAGGCGGCUUGGUGUUGUGGCGCUGGUCAGGGGUGGGGGUGGGGGUGGGGGUGGGUGGUGUUGUCUGGUUGACCCUCCUCUCAGCUCACAGCCAGCAUGUCAGAUGUCUCUGACAGUCCAGGGCUCAACAUCGCAAGCGACACAGCUGCACCAAAGGAGAUAGAGGGGAAGAGAGAAAACCGGAGAGGAGAGACCCCCCCGCUUCAAAGACUAUCUUCAUUUCACUCUUGCCUGCUGCAGAGAAGACAACGUGCAAAAACAAUUCCUUACCCCUUAUUACCUGCUUUCCCUCUCUUUAUUUAUCACCUCUCAGCUCCUCUUUCAAGUUACAUACCCCUCUUCCCCUUCUCCCUCUCUCCACCUCCAUGACCGCAGUGAUGAGUUAUUUUCUGGUGCUCAGUAAAUGCCACGGCGACAGCGUCCUGUCUCAGUACCAGUGUCUACGCAAUGACCGGCGCAUGUGCGACAUCGUCCUGGAGUCGUGCGGCGUGGAGUUCCCUGCCCACCGCACCCUCCUGGCCUGCGCCAGUGACUACUUCUGGGCCCUCCUCAAGGAGCACACCUGUGAAUUCGGGGCCCUGGGGCCCCUCAGCCUGCCUGCACUGACGCCCACGGGCCUGGAGAGGGUGCUGGACUUCAUCUACACCUCCUGGAUCUGCCUGUCCCCCUCCACCUUGGAGGAGACCCUGGAGGCCGCCUGCUACCUGCAGGUCACCCACGCCGUGGAACUUUGUGGUCGCUACAUCACCGACAACCUCACCCUGGAGAACUGCUGCUUCUUCGCUAAUGUGGCGUCCCGCUAUGGGCUCUCCGAGGCUCUCAAGGAAGCCAAUGCUUACAUAGCCAGGCGCAUGUGUGAGCUGAUGGGGAAGGAAAGGGACUGCAUUGGGCUGAUGGAGCUCAAUGUGGGGUCACUGCAGGAGGCCCUGGGUACCGAGGACCUGCCUGGCGUGAGGGAGUCCGGCCUGCUGAGGCUGGCGCUGGACUGGCUGGAUCACAACAAGCUCCCGGCGCUGCACAGUAACCUGCUUCUGAGCCAUGUGCGCUUCGCCCUGGUGUCCCCGCAGGAGCUCAGGCAGCUGAGCGUCACCUGCGUGACCCUCAGGACGCCCUUCAUACACAGCCUGGUGCAGAAGGCCCUGCAGUACCACACCGAGGGGCCGCUCCAGCCCCUUCUGCAGAACGAGCAAACACGCAUUAGAGAUACUUCCGGUCAGGUCCUGCUGGUGGGGGGAGGUACAGAGGCCGACCGGCCGCAGCGCCUGAUGCAGAGCUUCGACCCUGACAGCAGGAAGUUCCGGCCGCUGGCGGCCCAGCUGCCCAGCAGGCUGCAGCACCACUGCGUCUGCGUGGUCGGGGGGUUCCUGUUCGUGCUGGGCGGUGAGGAGGUGGAGGCGGAUGGCGAGAGCGAGAAGACGGCCGUGAUGACUGUCAGCGAGCGGGUGUGGCGUUACGACCCACGCUUCCAGCGCUGGGAGGAGGCCGAGCCCAUGAUCCAGCGCAGGGCAAAGUUCUCCUGCUGCGUGGUAGAGGGCGUCAUCUACGCCAUCGGGGGCAGGGCAGAGCCAGGAGAGCCGCCGCUCUCCACGGUGGAGAAGUACAACCUGCGUGCCGGGUGCUGGAGGAAGAGCAUCACACUCCCACACGCCGUCCACGGGCACGCCUGCACCACGCUCCGCAACACCGUCUAUAUCUCUGGCGGUAUCCACGGCCAAGCGGUUGAGAGCAGCAAGGAUGUGCUCCACCUGGACACGUUCGAGAGCAAGGCCUGGGAGAAAUGCGCUGCCAUGUCCAUCGCCCGCUUCGGCCAUCAGAUGGCGGCAGUCGGCGAGCAGAUCUACUCCUUCCUGGGGAUGUACGAGCAGUUCUGCGACAUUGAGCGCUACGACCCUUCGCUGGACCAGUGGACACGCCUGAGGCCACUGAUCAACGACCGCUUCUGCUAUGGGCUGACGGCCACCGCCGACGGCCGCGUGCUGCUAUUCGGGGGAAGGAAGUGGCACGAUGGACAGGAAGUGGUCAUGGCCAACGUGAUGGAGUACGACACGGUGGGCGACACGUGGAGGGAGCUGUGCCGAAUGCCAGGCCCCCUUUGUGGGACACAGUGCGUUCAGCUACCCAUCCUCGACACUGCAGAGACGUAGAAGUGGGGGUCCCACUUACAGGAACCCUCCAUGCCCAGCAACUGCCCCCCACCCCCAAGAAAAUAAUAUACAUAAACCCAAUCAACAGAAAAGGCCUUUUGACAAGUGACAAGCAGUGCAAAUGCCUUUGUAACAGUGGCAGGCCUCAUCUCCUAUUCGUCACAGUGCAAAAGUCUGCAUGAGACAGAAAGAGAAAUGAAAGAGCAUAGCCUCUAUGCAACAGCGUUUAAGCCAACAGAGAUUACUAGAGAGAAGAGAGGAGGCUUUCACAAAGCGCAGAGAUCUGCAAGAGAGAUAAAGGGAAGUAGACUUGCAGUAAAGCUCUCGAGAGCUGGAUAGUAACAGAAGUUCGAGAAUGAGAGCACUGAGGUAGGGAGAGGUGAGAAUGGAAUUGGCAGCCACUGUUAACUCGGGUGGGAAUUAAACUAUGUGUCUCGUUGUUGUUACAAUGCGAAACCUGCAGCCGGGCAAAGCUCAGGGCGCUGACAGAGAGGAGUAAACAGGUGUGUUGAGUUGUAGUUUGCGAGUAAGGAAACCAGCAUGCACACACGGAGAUUAAAAAAUACUUUUUGUGCAAAACUGCAAUGAGAGUAGAACUCACUGACUGCAUGGAAAGCACUGAAUCUUCCGCAUGAAAAAAAAAGCUCUAAAGUGAGAUCCAUUAUGAGAUAAAUGUGUGCAUCUGCAUGUCCUUGUGAUCUUCAUAAAAGGCACACACUUUAGUGGAGUUUAAGAGUUCAAAAUGAAUGGAUUAGAUUUCAGGGGUCUAAAAUAAGUCAAGAGAAAAGGUUUCGGUAGUUGAAUGACCAGUAAUAUGUAUCAUGCACAUAUCACAUAUAUGUUCAUAUUAGCAUGAAGUUUCCAUCCAUCGCACGUUUCACCAUAGAUAGACUGUUCAGAUGCUUGAAUGUGAGUGGGAAACACAUGAAAAUAGAUGCAUGACUCAUACACGCUAAUGGAGCUGUCCUGAUGGCUGUGCCAAACUGCAAUAGGUCAUCGUGCUGAGGUAGAACUCUCCACAGAGAACCAGAGAUCAGAACCUGUGGAACCGAUCAGUGCGGUAGAUGAAUAAAUGCACGAAUAGACUGCGUGAAAAGUGUUUGCUGGUGUGUUUAGGCUGCAGUGAACUGUUUUUUUUUUAUUUUCAACUACCCAAAAUUAUUUUGAAGUGAGGGAUGUCAGAGACCCAACAAAGUGAAAACUUAAACACUCUCAAAAUCAAAGCAAAAUCAAAGACAAGAAAAUCACUCUGAGAAUGAAAGUCAAGAAAGAGAGAAAAGUACUAGAAAAGAAGUGCAGUGGUCAUAUGGCUGAACUGGUAGAGGUCAUAUGGCUGAACUGGUAGAGGUCAUGGGUUCAAAUCCCAGGGAGGGAGCACCAGGGUGGAAAUAAUAUCCACCUUCCCUCUUCUGAAUGUCACUUUGGAUAAACAUGCCUGCUGAAUGACUAACAUAAACGCAGCAACCGCCUGGGGAAACAGGAGAGAGAGAGAGAGAGAGAUUGGAAGAAAAAAGGAAGAGAGGAGAGAGUCUAAAGAUAGAGAAAGAAAAGGACAAGACUA